GUUUCAAGUGGAAAAUGUCACUGGGCACUUGAAAGAAAACAGAGAGGUGAGAAUGAGGAUGAGCGAUGGAUGAAUGUGAGUGGCAGAAAGAGAGAGAGAGAGAGGUUGCACAAGAGAGUUACAUAGCAAUGUGCAAACAAAGUGCAUAGGAAAAGAGACGGAAAGACACAGAAGUAAAAGAAACCUCGUCAUCUGCCCAGAAGAAACUCCAGUGUGCUUCCUUUUGUUGACCUGCUACAGAGACUGAUGAGUCAUGACGAUGGAGAUGCUGGAUUCGCUAUGUGUCCUCAUAGUUCUGUUUUCAGUGCAUGCAAGACACUCUCACACAGGGUCACAUGAACUCUUGUGCACAAAUGACUUUGUCAACAAUGUCAGGUGUACAUGGAACAGAUCUUCUGUGGGUCCUGAUGUGGACUGUUGGAUCUUUGGCGAAAAGAAAGGCAUCAAGCCAAAAAGCAAGAUACAACCUGAAAUAAUUAUCCGAAAGUGUCAGCUGAAACAGCACAGAAACUCUCUACCUGGCUGCAAUUUUGUGUUUGAGCAUAGAGAAUUCUACCUUUUUGAAGUAAUGCCAAACAUCAGUGUGAAGUGUAAUGACACGUUGGUGGAGAACCUGGAGAACUAUACGCCACACAAUCACAUUAAAAUGCAUCCUCCAGGUGUUCUCAAUAUCAGCAGCAAUGGCAGUGACACCCUGAUAUCGUGGAGACCAGGUUGCCCUGUCUCUAGGUUUUUCACAUCCUUUGAUUUCCAAGUUCAGAUCAAACAGAAUAACCAGUCUUGGAGGGAAGCCAGGACUUUGUCCACACAGGAACAAGAGCUAAGAAUACCUGCCUGGCAGCUAAUAGGGCACUGGCAAGUCAGGGCAAGAGUCAAGCCCACUAAAAGGAACAACAGCCACUGGAGCAACUGGAGUCCUACGACAUCCUGGGUCGGAGCGACAGGCAGGGUGGACACAUCAGAUAAUCAAGAAUGUUGGCUGGAUCAGACGUCACUGAUAAUAUGUGGACUGAUAUUCACCUUGUGUCUCAUUACUGUUGCAAUGCUGGCUGUUUACAGGAGCUGCAAGACCAGGGGGCUUCUCAAAGGAAUGCCAAUACCAAACCCUUCAAAGUACUUCUGCACUCUCCAUUCUGUCCAAGAAGGAAAUCUCAAAGUAUAAAUAAGUGUUCCAACCAAAACUUAAGGAUUUUACCAUAAUAUUCUAUCAAAUGUAUAAUUUUGACACAUCAGAGCUUGCAGGCAUGAUAAUUCAGUAGGGUUCAUAUUUCUUGCAACGUUGAAGUAUUGUGAACUGCACUUCUUGAAUGUCUCUUUUAAUCCUUUUGGAUUAAUAUGUCAGGUGGAUAAAAUCAAUGUUCAGUUAGUAAAACCUUUUAACUUUCAUCUGCACUUCCUCAUUCAACAUUUAUACCAUAGCAACUGAUUCAAACAUGUCUCAGCCUAAAAGUAAAGAUUUUUCUGCCACAAUUCCAGCCACAACUGAAGAAAAAGACCUCGCUGAGUAAAAGCUUUCAUAUUUUGCGAAGUUUUAUUAUUGAAAGGAAAUAAAACUACCAAAAGUACAACAACUUGGUCAGAAUCAACAGUGUCAAGUCAUAUUUUAGCCUGCUUUACUGUAAAACAAUGCGUUAUUUACUGCAGAAUAUUCAAAACCAUUAGGUUAAAUAGAAAAAGGGCGAUUGUCGAAGGCCCUGCGACAGACUGGCGACCUGUCCAGGGUGUCCCCUGCCUUUGCCCGAGUCAGCUGGGAUAGGCUCCAGCACCCCCUGCGACCCUAGUGAGGAUAAAGCGGUGUAUAGAGAAUGGAUGGAUGGAUGAUUGUCGAAGUACAUUCAGUAUCACAGCUACUAUCCCAAGUAGGGGACUUCCUGGACAGGUCACCACCUGGACAGGUCACCAGUCUAUCACAGGGCUACACAUAGAACUCAUAUUCACACCUACAUACAAACCUGCAUAUGGGCAAUUUUAGAAUUAUCAAUUAACCUAAGCAUGUUUUUUAACUGUGGGAGGAAGCCGGAGUACCAGGAAAAAAGCCACACAUGCACAGGGAGAAUGUGCAAACUCCAUGCAGAAGAUCCCAGGUGCAGACCUGACGCGAACCGGGGAUCUUGUAGCUGCAAGGCAACAAUUUCCUAAGCAUUAAAAAUACAAAUGUAAUGGUAAUUUAUCCAACUACUGCUUGCCCAUUUUAAUUCCCAAUGAUGGCAUAUUUUGACUUUCAAGUACAUCUUACCACCUUGUAGGUCUGGCAACAACAGCCCACUGGUAUAAGAUUGAAAUGACAUACAUAUAGAAAAGCAGUAAUACCAUUCUAUAAGAUAUUUUUAAUGUAAGUUCUAUAUAAAACUUUAUUAAUUUUUUGUAUACACUUAUAUUCUGAAAAAUAAGUUUUUAUAGUAAGAAUGUUUAGCUCUUUAAAAUUUGGGAAAAGUAUAAUAUGUAGAACUACAAGUGUGUAGUUGCCUGAAAUGUCAUUUCUCAAGUGAAGUAUAGGUAACACUACUAAAACAUUCUCACUGGAACAAAUUGUUUAAUGUAUUAAAAAUCUGACUGCAGCAAACAGCUGUUGAAUUCUAUGUUAUACUUCAGUCACCUGUCAAAAUAUGCAAUAGAACUCAGUCAUUAUUUACACAUAAAGUUAAUUUUGAUCUGGCUUUUCAAUUCCAACACCACAAAAUGUACUCCUCAGAAUUUUUGUCAUUUUCAUGCCUGGGAAACAUCCAACUGAGCAGGAAGGGAUCUGCACGACUGUUUCAGUGGUUUUGUAAUCCUCACAAGUUUUGAAAUUGGGAGAGGGAAAUAUUCACUUUUGCUCUAAAUCUCAAUAGUAGAGAACAGCAAAAUGUUCUUGUACAUGAUAUUGUUAGAACUUUCUGUCCAGCAGAGAAAAAGUAACAAAGUGCUCUCUGUCACACGUACACAGACAGCCAAAAUAGUUAGUAGUAAUGCAGUAAUCAUAUUUUGCCAAAGCUCUGAAAACUCUUGAUUCUGAUAGGUACUAAGGUGUGGAUUAAUAUUUAGUACCUAAACAAUUCAACUGCAUUAGCUAUCAUGGAAAUUAUGGAAAGAACAAAUUGUUAAAUUUUAUCCUUUACAUAACAGAAGACGUGUUUUAAAGAUAUAAGCAUUUACAUGAGAGUCAGAUGAUUUUGAGAAGAUGUUAAUGGUUGAAUUAUUAAAAAUGCAGAGUCUAAAUUUUUGGACCCUGGCUAGAGACAAAAAAUUGGAAUUUCUCAGCCCUUUAUUUUUCAAUUUUGAAUUGUCUUUUUAAAAAAUCUUCCUUGCAUUAGAUCCCUAAUAUUCUGAAAAUGAAAGUACUAGAUUGCCGGUAUACACAUUUAAGUUCUCUGUCGAAACCUGUGCUUUUUUAAAAUGUCAACCUUAAAUUUCAUUUCAUUGCUACGUAAAGCAGGAUAAUGCACACUCAGCAUUGUUCGGGUGUAUUUUGGAGCUUGAAUCUCUCUUUCUCUUUUUCUAGAAAUGGCUGAAUCCUCUGUCAGUUUCUGAACCAUUCUUCACAGCUGAGCCAUGUGACCACAUUUCAUCGGUAGAGGUGUGUGAGGACUGGGAUGUCCCUUCAGCCUCUCCGUCUUCUGGCUUCAUCAGCAGCCUGGUU